CAGCGAUGGCUGAGGAUGGCAGCGAGGAGAUCAUGUUCCUCUGGUGUGAAGACUGCAGCCAGUACCACGACUCUGAAUGUCCUGAGCUGGGCCCAGUAGUCAUGGUCAAAGAUUCCUUUGUGUUGAGCAGGGCAAGGUCCUCCCUCCCCUCCAACCUGGAGAUCAGGCGCCUGGAAGAUGGGGCCGAGGGAGUGUUUGCCGUGACACAGCUGGUCAAGCGAACGCAGUUUGGCCCAUUCGAGUCCAGGAGGGUCGCCAAGUGGGAAAAGGAAUCUGCCUUCCCGCUGAAGGUGUUCCAGAAAGAUGGGCACCCUGUGUGCUUUGAUACCUCCAACGAGGACGACUGCAACUGGAUGAUGCUGGUGCGGCCGGCGCUGGAGCCGGGGCACCAGAACCUGACAGCCUACCAGCAUGGCAGUGACGUAUACUUUACCACCUCACGUGACAUCCCCCCUGGCACUGAGCUGCGGGUGUGGUAUGCCGCCUUUUACGCCAAGAAGAUGGAUAAACCCAUGCUAAGACAGGCCUGCGCCAACGUCCACGCUGCGGGCACCUCAGAGCCCAGUGCCCCUGCAGAGCCGGAACGUGGCCAGUGGGCAUGCAAGGUGUGCUCCAACUCCUUCCUUGAGUUGCAGCUGCUCAACGAGCACCUUUUGGGCCACUUGGAACAAGCCAAAAGCCUCCCUCCAGGCAGCCAGCACGAGGCGGCUCCUGAGAAGGAGCCCGACACAGCCCGGGGGGAGCCUGCUGCAGUACCCGAGAGCACGAAUGUCCAGAGCGUCGGGACCGCCAAAGAGCCAAAGAAAAAGCCUCGAAGGGGAAGGAAACCCAAAGCAUCAAAAGCCGAGCAAUCUCUGGUCAUUGUUGAAGACAAGGAACCUGCAGAGCAAGUGGCAGAAAUCAUCGCCGAGGUCCCGCCGGACGAGCCUGUGAGUGCGACUCCAGACGAGCGGAUAAUGGAGCUGGUCUUGGGGAAGCUGGCCACCCCUGCGAACGAUGCCAACUCUGUGCCAAAGUUCACGCAUCAUCAAAGUGGUGCCCUAGCCCUCAAAAGGGGCCUGGUUCUGUCCAGCAGACAUGGCGUCCGGCGGAAGCUCGUCCGGCAGCUGGGGGAGCACAAACGAGUCCACCAGUGCAGCACCUGCAGCAAAGUCUUCCAGAACAGCAGCAACCUGAGCCGGCACGUGCGCUCGCACGGCGACAAGCUGUUUAAGUGCGAGGAGUGUGCAAAGCUGUUCAGCCGUAAGGAGAGUCUCAAGCAACACGUUUCCUAUAAGCACAGCAGGAAUGAGGUGGACGGCGAGUACCGCUACCGCUGUGGCAGCUGUGGGAAGACCUUCCGCAUGGAGAGUGCACUGGAGUUCCACAACUGCAGGACAGAUGACAAGACGUUCCAAUGUGAGAUGUGUUUCAGAUUCUUCUCCACCAACAGCAACCUCUCCAAGCACAAGAAGAAACAUGGGGACAAGAAGUUCGCUUGCGAGGUCUGCAGCAAGAUGUUCUACCGCAAGGACGUCAUGCUGGACCACCAGCGGCGGCACCUGGAGGGAGUUCGGCGGGUAAAGAGAGAGGACUUGGAGGCCGGCGGGGAGAGCCUGGUCCGCUACAAGAAGGAACCUUCUGGAUGCCCGGUGUGUGGCAAGGUGUUCUCUUGCCGAAGCAACAUGAACAAGCAUCUGCUCACCCAUGGCGACAAGAAGUACACCUGUGAGAUCUGCGGGCGCAAGUUCUUCCGCGUGGACGUGCUCAGGGAUCACAUCCACGUCCACUUCAAGGACAUCGCCCUGAUGGAUGAGCACCAGCGGGAGGAGUUCAUUGGCAAGAUCGGGAUCUCCUCGGAGGAGAAUGACGACAACUCUGACGAGAGCGCUGACUCGGAGCCGCACAAGUACAGCUGCAAGCGGUGUCAGCUCACCUUUGGCCGUGGGAAGGAGUACCUGAAGCACAUCAUGGCGGUACACAAGGAGAAGGGCCAUGGCUGCAGCAUUUGCCACCGGCGCUUUGCGCUCAAGGCCACCUAUCACGCCCACAUGGUCAUCCACCGGGAGAACCUGCCUGACCCCAACGUGCAGAAGUACAUCCACCCUUGCGAGAUCUGUGGACGGAUAUUCAACAGCAUUGGGAACUUGGAGCGCCACAAACUCAUCCACACAGGUGUGAAAAGCCAUGCCUGCGAGCAGUGCGGGAAGUCCUUUGCCAGGAAGGAUAUGCUCAAAGAGCAUAUGCGUGUGCACGACAACAUCCGCGAGUACCUGUGUGCCGAGUGUGGAAAGGGUGGGUACCAUGCCCUGAGCCAUGGGAGUGCCCUGCAGUCACGGGGAAUUCCCAGGGCCAUGGGGCACUUUUGGCCACACACCCAGCUGCACACUCCCUGAGAGGAGGUGGGAGCAAGAAUUGGCAGGUCACAGUGUGACAGGUGCCACCAGAGCUGCCUCCCAGAGAGAACACAGACGUUCGCCACUUCGAAGGGAAAGAAGAGGUGAUGCUUAAAUCAGAGUCUAGAAGAAAAGUAAGUAGUCCAAAAGGCAG